CCGGAGGCCUUUGAUCGCCGACGAAACCGCAGUUCAUCACCGUAGCGAAUAUAUAAACACACAUUUUUUGAUCAAAUCCACGUUUAAUAAAAAAAAAUAGUAAUAUCUAUAAUACAUAUAUUUACGACUGAGCCGUCCACACAGACCGACCAUAUGGACGGAGACGGCGGUAGUGUGACCGGGGACGACGGGAGGACGGAGAGCCCGAACGAGGCGGCGCUACUCGCGCUGAUGGCCACCGGAUACAGCAUGGUACAGGAGAACGGACAGAGGAAGUUCGGUGGUCCGCCUCCAGGUUGGGAUGGCCCUCCUCCCCCACGAGGUUGUGAGGUGUUUGUAGGUAAGAUCCCCAGGGACAUGUAUGAGGAUGAGUUGGUGCCCGUGUUUGAGAGAGCUGGGAGAAUCUAUGAGUUCAGACUGAUGAUGGAGUUUAGUGGAGAGAACCGGGGCUACGCUUUCGUCAUGUACACUACCAGAGAGGCAGCGCAGAGAUCCAUCCAUCUCCUAGACAACCAUGAGAUCAGACCAGGGAAGUUUAUAGGAGUGUGUGUCAGUCUGGACAACUGUAGAUUGUUCAUAGGGUCUAUACCCAAAGACAAGACGAAGGAGGAAAUACUAGUGGAGAUGAGGAAGGUGACAGAAGGAGUGGUAGACGUCAUAGUUUACCCCAGCGCUACAGACAAGACUAAGAACAGAGGGUUUGCCUUCGUUGAGUACGACUCCCACAAAGCAGCUGCCAUGGCACGGAGGAAACUAAUACCAG